ACAACCGACCAAAAAAAACGUUCCUUCAGGGAGCUAGCUUUGGAAGCAUCAGAGCAAAGUCAUGGCUCGCAAACUGAAAAAAAAAAAGCAUUGCUCUUUGUUGAAUUAUUAGAGGCAGUUCCCAUCGUUGUAAAAAACAAUCAAGGGGAUGAAGAGGUUCUUCUUGCACAUGUGAAGAACUGGAGCGACUUUCUUCCAAUGGGCCCUUUUCUAUCACCACCGAAAGAGCAUUGCCCGACAAUAUACUGCCGAUGUGCAAUGUUCCAAAUGCCAACCUUCUCAAGCACCAGAUUUGAAAAGUAUUUCAGAGUUCACAUACGCUUCAAUUCUUGAACAGAGGAAGUACUUGAGCUGGACAAGAAAGUAAGCCAAUUUCUAAAUGAAGACUGGCUCUAGAGAGUACAGCACGGAGAUGUGCAUGUGCCAAGAUCCUUGCAGGAUGCAUACUAGUGAAAACCACAGCAAGCAAUUCCCAUGCCCUCUUAAUAAAUUGCAUCGAAGUGUAUGGACGAAAGAAGCAUAUCGAUGUUCAUGUGUGAACCGUUCCAGUCUCCAAAGGGAUCGCCACUAAAACAUCAACUCCAGGAAGUCACGAGCACCGAUAUGUGGGCGUGUAUCCAACAACAAUGCAUUCAAACGAUGGUGAGAGGUUAGUAAUCGGAACUCACACAAUGAACGCCCUUGUCACAUCAAUCAAUCCGCAUUGACCGAAAAGAGAAACCAUCCGUAGGCGGCAAAACUCUUUCU